AUGAAGCGAUUGCUGGAUAAUUAUUCCGGUACAAUCAACUCCUACGGCCAAGCGGCAUGGUCCUUGCAGAGUCGGACUUCGAGGAUUGCUGCCCAUAUCACGGAUACUCUCUCCUUCAAGGACGCAUAUAUUGCGAAGCGGCAGACCGAGUUCAUGCUGCGUGAUUCCACGACAGUCCGCGUGAUCACAGUAGUGACGUUGAUCUAUCUUCCGGCGACUUUCACCGCAACGCUUCUCGGCAUGAAUUCCUUUUUCGAAAUGGACGACAACAGGCGAAUUGUUGUAUCACCGCAAUUCUGGAUAUAUAUCGUGUGCGCGGUGCCCCUGACAGUAGCGACUUUGUCAUACUGGUGGUAUUUCCAAAAAGCCAAGCAGCGUGGCGAACGAUCAAUGAACGGCGCAAUCAGCGGCGCUAUGAUGGUUUAG